AUGAAUGUGUCCAAUCUGGUCCCAGCAACAUCUGUUCAACCCACAGACUGGAUCUGGGUUUGGGAUCAGCCUAGAGAUCUGGCAUCCAGUCUGAUGCUAAAAACCCCCAGAUAUUGGGGGCGGUUCUGGGUCCAAGGUACAGGAUUGGAACCCUACUUGAGUCAUAACCCAAUCACAUCAAGCAGGCAGAAAACUCUAAUGGGAAGUUUGAAUAUCUGUCUUGGUGGGAAAGAUGAUGAGAAAUGGGUUUUUGGGCAAAAUACUCCAGGAUCACUUUCUGAACAUAGCAAGCAUGAAAAUUUGGGUGAAGCUAUGCAUGGAGUGAUCAGCACCCCUGUGGAUCCAGCUUCAGAGAAACAAGAUUCACUUGACAAGUCAAUGGAAGAUAGAGUCAAAAAUCUGAUUAAGAAUCUCAAAGCAAGUGACAUGGAAGAAUUGGAAGCUGUCAUUAACCACCUGCAACAGUUUCAUAAUUAUCUGGCUUCAUCAAUUGAAGAGUCUGAAAAGACCAUCAAAGAUCCUCAAAAUCUGGUUAAAUCAAAACCUUCUGAAAAGGAAAACUUAUUUGACGGAGAUUACAUUUAUAAAAAUGGUUUAUUAUCUCAAGAGGAAAUGAAAGAAAUUGAAAUCUUCAAGCCAUCAAUUGUUGUCAAGUUGCUCAAGUUGAAUAUUGACCUCUUAAUAUCCACAAAAGGAAAGGAUCUCUUUGGAAGUCCUCAUUGGGUGGCCCCACACAUCAAACAGUUGAUAAAGAAUCCUGAACUGAAACACAUGCAAAGAUCCAUCAAAGGACUUGGAGAACAGCACCAAAGUUUCACUGAAUAUCUGACACUCAAAAGUAUCAUAGCCAAUCAUAGACUACUGUGCCCAGAUGGUUAUGAUGACUAUGCUGGACUCAUCAGUUUUUGGGGUUUAUUUGUGAAAGAAAGGUUUAUCAAGGAUGAAGAAAACUGUUUGCUAAAACCAUCAGACAAUUUCAAAUUCAGUGAAGACUUUCUUUCCAAAUUUUGGUGGCUGGGCAUCUUUCUAGAAAACCAACCUAAAUUUACCAAAGAGCCUCAAAAUAAGAUCCAGAGUCUUCACUUCACAAUCACAAACUACAUCUUACAAAAUCUCCCUAAAUCCACAAAGAAAGAAUACCCUGUCCAGGAUUGA